AUGCCUAUCUGUAUAGAGUGCCGGUAUCCUGUCAAAACUCUGUGGACGCAAUAUUCUGGAGCUGAUGAUAAGUCCAACGGGCACUUGAUUCGCCUCACUGUCUGCCGAAAAUGUGGCCAUUUCUGUGAUAAAUAUGUAGAGCACGACUUUGUUGUGCUCUUUAUCGAUCUGGUCCUCAUUAAACCCCAGGUCUAUCGCCAUUUGCUGCACAACACUUUGAUGCGGGAUGGAGAUCGCUUCGACCCUUCUAUCAUCCGUUUGGGGGUGUUGCUCCUGCUAUUCGAUGUCUACUUGACAUGGGCGCGCAUAGAAAAGCAAACCAUUCCCUCGUCUAGUCCUGGCGAGAGUAGACUAGGGCCGCUCGCGCAACAGCCGAUUGUGAUUCAGUACAUGUUCUUUCUGAUCCUGUGCGCCUUGUCCACAAUCGCUUUCCAUCUGAGCAUCCGAUUUUUUACAUCAUCCCACCUCUCGCCGCUAAAUAUCACAGGCCUGAUGCCGCGGUACAAUCGCCCGAAUUCAGUAUCGACAGCCUUGCUUGUAUCGUCCUCGACCAAAUUAUUUCCAAUCUUGAUGGUCAUCUGGGAAUAUGAUGUGCCCGCGGCCGCAAGGUCCCUAGGUUGGGCUGUCGUGGCAAAUAACGUAGAAGCACUACGGAUUCUACUUGACUGCAAAUACUAUGUUGCCUGCUUCUUAGCAAUUGCCGGCGCAUCUGUGCGCUGGGCUGUGGGCCAGCUGAUAUUAAUAUCUGCUGGAUUGGGCGAUGUAGAUUCCAUUGGUGACAGCAGCGUUGCUGCAGAUGGCAAAGCUCUUUGGGCCCUGGUGAAGUAUAUCAGGGACUGGGCUGGCCGUUUAGCUGUAGGAUAA